GUCACAUUGCGGAAGUAACAACAUGGAGGACGGGAGAGAAGGUUCCACGAAAUCACUUCUGAAAGAUGAAUGCUAUGCUGACUUCCUGGCAGAAGAUUUUGACGUGAAGACGUACACGGCUCAAGCCAUCCACCAUGCCGUCAUUGCUGAGCAGCUGGCCAAGCUGGCACAAGGGAUCAGUCAGCUGGACAAGGAGCUGCACAGCCAGGUUGUGGCUAGACAUGAAGACCUGCUGUCACAGGCAACUGGGAUAGAGUCUCUUGAAGGGGUCCUCCAGAUGAUGCAGACAAGAAUCAGUGCUCUACAGGCAGCUGUUGACAGGAUAAGGACAAAGAUUGUUGACCCAUAUAACAAGAUUGUGGCCCGGAUUACACAGCUGGCAAGACUACAGGUGGCCUGUGACCUGCUGCGGAGGAUCAUCAGGAUCUUGUACCUCAGCAAGAGACUACAGGGGCAGCUGCAGGGGGGCAGCAGGGAGAUUACCAAGGCUGCCCAGAGUCUCAACGAACUCGACUACCUUUCCCAAGGUGUGGAUCUGAGCGGCAUCGAGGUGAUAGAGAAUGACCUGCUGCUCAUCAGCAGAGCUCGGCUGGAGGUGGAGAACCAGGCCAAGAGGCUGCUGGAGCAGGGCAUGGAGAUCCAGAAUCCAACCCAGGUGGGAACGGCCCUGCAGGUCUUCUAUAACCUUGGCAGUCUAAGAGAAACCAUCAGCUCUGUGGUGGGGGGCUACAGGACCACCAUUAAGGACAACAUCAGCAGCGCUCUAGACAUCAAGGGUCUGACCCAGCCGGCCAACAUGAAAGGAGCACCAGGCAGAGCGGUACUGCCCACACCUGGAAACACGGCAGCUUUUCGUGCUGCUUUGUGGACCAACCUGGAGAAACUGAUGGACCAGAUCUGCGCAGCAUGCAGACAGGUGCAACAUCUACAGAAGGUUCUGAUGAAGAAGAGAGACCCUGUCAGCCACGUGUGCUUUAUCGACGAGAUCAUUAAGGACGGUCAGCCGGACAUCCUCUACACCUUCUGGAACGACGUGACCAACGCACUCAGCGAGGAGUUUCACAAAGCCACAGAAGCCUCAUCCUUCCUGAAGCAGGCAUUUGAAGGAGAGUACCCGAAGCUGCUGCGGCUCUACAACGAGCUGUGGCGACGCCUACAGCAAUACAGCAGCAGCCUGCAGGGGGCGCUGAACAGCAGUGGAGGGAUGGACGCGUCUCUGGACAUGAGCAGCACAGAGACGGACAGCCAGGAUCUGUUUACACACGGGAAACAGGAUUACAAUCCAGAAAAAGCUCUGAAAGACUCUCUGCAGCCAUAUGAGGCGGCGUACCUCUCCAAGUCCCUCUCUCGUCUGUUCGAUCCCAUCAACCUCGUGUUCCCGAUGGGCGGACGCAACCCGCCGUCCAAUGACGAGCUAGACAGCAUCAUCAAGACCAUCAGCAGUGAGCUGAAUGUAGCAUCGGUGGAUCCCAGCCUUUCUCUGGCUGUGGCGAAGAAUGCAGCAAAGACCGUCCAACUCUUUUGUGUCAAGUCGGAACAGCUGCUGUGCACUCAGGGUGAUGCAAGCCAGGUGAUUGGUCCGUUAACAGAGGGUCAGAGGAGAAACGUUGCCGUGGUGAACUCUCUCUAUCGUCUGCAGCAAGCUGUCGCAAAGAUAAUUUCGGGAUUGGGUUCAUGUCCACCGGCCGCUGCAGAGGCUCUCUCUUCUUCGUUGGAGGGAGUUCAGGCGCUGAUGAGCAGCGCCGUGCAGCCUCUCCUGAUGUCAGUCAGUGACUCCAUAGAGGCCAUCAUCAUCACGCUGCACCAGGAGGACUUUUCAGGCCCUCUGGCCACCCCUGAUAAGCCGGAUGUCCCAUGCUCCCUCUACAUGAAGGAGCUGCAGGGCUUCAUCACCAGAGUGAUGGCUGACUACUUCAGACAUUUCCAGUGCGUGGACUUCAUCUACGAAAGCACGGAGGCCAUCGCUCAGCGAGCCAUCGAGCUGUUCAUUCGACACACCAGUCUCCUGCGACCGCUCGGGGAGGGGGGAAAGAUGAGGCUGGCUGCAGACUUUGCACAGAUGGAGAUGGCGGUGGCUCCUCUGUGCAGGAGAGUCUCUGAUUUGGGGAAACCAUACCGAAUGCUGCGCUCCUUCAGACCUCUGCUGUUUCAGACCAGUGAGCUGAUAGCCAGCAGUCCAGCUGUAGGUGACCUGAUCCCCUACAGCACCCUGAUACACUUCCUGUUCACCCGAGCACCUUCAGAGCUCAAGUCACCUCACCAGAGAGCAGAGUGGUCAAUCGCCCGUUACUCCCAGUGGCUGGAUGACCAUCCCUCUGAGAGAGACAGACUCACUCUCCUCAGGGGUGCUCUGGAGGCCUAUGUGCAGUCAGUGAGGGCUCGGCAGGGUAAGGAGUUUGCUCCCAUCUAUCCCAUCAUGCUCCAGCUGUUACAGAGGGCAACCAGCAGCUCGCAGGAGGUCAGACCGUGAAGAGGAGCAUCGAGUUCUGGUCCAUCUACACUACAUAAUGAUGCUUCCAUGUUAUUUAUGAUCAUAUUUACAGUACCAGCUGAAUGAAGGGACUUUUUGUGGAGAAUGAUGGUUCAUAUUUUAAAAUGGUGAUUUUUUUUUUUUUAGAUCCAUGGUGUGGGCGUGCUAACCUUUAACUGACUCAUGUAACCAUGUCUGUACAUGAAAUAAUGCUGUCAUUGUGUGAAAUGUUGAUUGAAGACUCUUGAGAAUAAAUUUGGGACUAUUACAGGA